AGGUCUCGUCGCGCGCGGACGUGCUCGCGUCUUCAAAAUUAUUCAUCGGAUUUACGUGAAGUGACUAUCGUGUAUAUUGUUUCGUGACUGUGAAAUGUUUUGAUAUGAAUUAACAUUAGUUCGUUUUAAAUUUCUUUGUCUACGAAAGCCGCAUAAAUGAUGGGUGUAAGCAGUUGUAUGAGCGUACGACAAGCUAGAGGCCCCUGUCACUGUCCCGCUUGCCCUAGGGCUUCGGGACACGGGGCUCAGAUGCCACCUCCGACUCUCGUCUUGCCUCCGAUGGCAUUGGAGCCUGAAACCACGCCUGUAAAAGACAAGAAGGGAUCUAAAAUGAAGGUCCUCAAAAAGAUAAAGAAAAAGAUUGGAUUAGCGCCCCGCACGGGUUGCACUGGCGGAACCCCCAACAACCUGCCGCCGCUGAGCUUCCACGCCGUACACGGGGACAACGUCCGCGUCUCCCGCGACGGCACCACUGCCCGACGCGUCGAGUCCUUUUGCAAAGGCGUCGCCUUCAGCGCUCGUCCGGUUAGGGUAAAUGAAAAAGUUUGCAUCCGUUUUGUCGAAAUUUCCAACUCGUGGAGCGGCGUCAUCCGGUUCGGGUUCACAUCUCACGACCCCACAUCCCUCGCACACGCUCUACCCAAGUACGCCUGCCCAGAUCUAACCAACAAACCCGGAAACUGGGCUAAAGCUCUCGGAGAAAGAUUUUGCGAGAAGGAUAAUAUAUUGUACUACUAUGUCAAUUCCGCUGGCGACGUCCACUUUGGUGUCAACGGUGAAGACAAGGGUUUAUUCUUCUCGGGAGUCGACACGAGGAAUCCACUUUGGGCGCUCGUCGACGUGUACGGCAACUGUACGGCCAUCCAAUUCGCCGAUCCUAGGGCACCGCCACAUCAGAUAAGGAGAUGCCCGCCGAGCCCGGUCGACGAGGAAAGAUUGGCGGGAAGUAUGCGAGCUCUAGCGGUCGAGGAGCCGCUCCCACCACCUAGAUAUCAAAAUCCCCUAGUCCCCUUGAGUCUCCACCGGACGAAAGGAAGGAACGUUCAGUUCGUUACCGAUAGAGGCGUGGCUGCGAGGAUAGAAGCAGAAUUUUGUCAAGGAUACGUAUUCACAGCCCGUCCGAUGCGCCCGGGGCAGACCAUCGUCGUCCAGAUUCUCUCUACGGAAGCAGCGUACGCAGGAAGUUUGGCGAUCGGUCUGACGUCGUGCGAUCCGGCCACUCUGACGCCCUGCGAUUUGCCCGACGACGCCGAGCAACUAUUAGAUCGGCCGGAGUACUGGGUGGUGAGGCGGGACGCCGCAAACGGUCUCCGCAGGGGCGACGAACUGGCGGUGACCUUGACUUUAGACGGCGAGGUUCGCGUCAGCCGAAACGGCUCAAACCCAGUGACGGUCAUGCACGUCGACCACACUUUGCGACUAUGGGCGUUCGUCGAUAUUUAUGGAGCAACCCAAAAAGUGAGAAUGUUAAGUUCUCAGGCGGUGCAAGCGCAGACGCCGCCUCAGCAACUGAGAGUACUAGCCGGCUCGGCUGCCCCGAUAGCUACCACCAGCGGCGGCACUGUACUAGUAGUCAGUCUUCCUCCACAAAAUGGCAAUCAGAACGCUACCAAUCACCAGCAAGGGCUGACAUUAGCGAGCGCACAUUAUAUAGAGCCUAUCCAAAGAUCGUCCCAACUGUGCAUCCAGCAGAUACCGGCUCCGGCGGCCUGCUCCUCGAUGCAACAGUAUCCCCGCCCCCGACCACCUCUAGACGGUCAAUGCUCGUCGACCAGCCAAAACAACUCCAACGAACAAAUCCAACUGCCAAACGGACACGCCGAAGCCCUGCGUAUGGACAGAAUCGUGAACGGACCUUCCACGAGCCGCGCUCUCCCAUCUACCUCACAUCAUCAACCUCUCUAUUCGGUGAUCGGGGAAGGAAACUUAACCGGAACGGAGUGCACGAUCUGCUACGAGAACCCAAUAGAUAGUGUGCUGUACAUGUGCGGGCACAUGUGCAUGUGCUAUCGGUGCGCCGUCCAGCAGUGGAGGGGCAAGGGCGGCGGCCAGUGCCCCCUGUGCAGGGCGCAGAUCAAGGACGUAAUUCGUACCUACAAGUCCUGAUGUGCUUAAUAUAGAUAAGAUUUAUAACCACGCGACGGGCGAUGAUCGCAUGUUAUACUGGUGCUGUCACUAUGAUAUUGAGUUAUUGGCGAGUCGAGUCGACGGUCAGCGCUCAGCACUCAGCAGUCAGCAGCCAUAUAGGUUCGACGGCUAUUGUAGCUCUCGUAGAGAUUUGUUUGACGGUUAAAAAACAUACGCGGAAAUGCCAAAAGAAUAUAUUUGAAUACGACUUUAACGAUAUUUAUGCCUAGUUUAGUUAUUGUAUAUAUUUUAUUGGAUAACAAACACUUAAGUAGGUAUUCUCUUUUUGAUAUUCUACUUAUAUUCAGUAGCAUAAAGUUAAUUUUAUGAGCAAUAGCUUCUGAAUUCUAUAAAACUUAUUUAUUUAGAAGUAUUUAAGGGAUUUAUUUAGGUGUCAAUUUGUAAUGUAUAGAAAAUGCUCGAUAGAUGAAACUUAUUUCUAUUCUGUGUAUAUGAAGCUUGACAUUCGAUUAGGUUCAUAUUUAUUUUGGACUAAUUUUUAUAUGGUAUAAUCUUGUAGUUAUAUAAUGUAAGAGUGUAUUCUACGAUGGUUCUAUCCAUUCAUUGAGUAGGAAUACCCAACAAACUGCGCCUGACUUGUUCAAAUCUUAUAUUCACUUUAUUGUUUUCUGACAUGAUAUGGCGUCGGCAUUCAAAUCCCGAAUAUAUUUUAUUGGAGAGUUGGAUUCAGUGUGGUUAUUAUAUCUGAGGCUAUAGGAAUUUCUGUAUACAAGUUAGUUAUGCUAGGUAUUUUAACUAAGAUAGGGUUCCUAAGGUAGUCUAGGCUGCAAAUAAUAUCCAUACGUCCACAUUUUUGGUGAUAGAUAUAAUGCAUUUAAUAAAAUAAUCAUAUCAUAAUUUUAAAAUGCUACCAGUUCCUAAAGCAUUUUUCGGUUACGAAUAAAUUGGCCAAAACCCAAACGUCAGUAAUUUAUUUCCAUUUAUAUUAUUUAUAUUUUUUGUUUGUAGCACUAGAAUACGAUAUUAUUAAAUAUCAUUUUUGAGCGGUUGGUUAUAAAUGGAAUAUUUAACUAAAUUAGCCCAUAUACAUAACGCUAUGGCGCUACGUUAAAUAUAAGUGCAUUUUAAAUCAACCCUCACAGUAAAACUUCUCUUUGAAACCAUUCCCUUCCCAGCCGGUUGCUCAAGUUUUCAUAAUCAUAACAUUCUUUUUUUUUUUGUUAAGUUUGUAGUAGACAUUGAUUCUUGAGCCACCAUUUUAAUUAUUAUGAUUCAAAUGCAUUUUAUAUUUAAUCAUUCCUGUAUAUAUUUAAGUUAAUUACCAUUUUUGUACCAAAUUUUGCAGCCAGUUUUUUGACCAUUGAAAAAUAUUUAAAAACUGUCUUAUUGACUACAGUAGUUCAUUAGAUUUUUUGUGUUGUUCUUGUUAGUCCUUACCUACUAAUGCCCAACAUUUUUUUUUGCAUCAAUUUUUUUAUAAAAAAU